AUGACCCCAUUCGCCUCAUCGUGUCGUGGGGCAAGCGAGCUCAACCGCCGGACAGACCAGCGUCAGGGGAACGUGGCAGACUGGUGGCCGUCCGGUCUCUCCACCGCGCUCCAGCCGCAGCCGGGCCACCCCGCGCUCCCAGCCGGUUUUCAUCUUCUACAUAUAGUUCUCGGAACCACUGUGAUUCCUUCGUGUAUCCCAGGAGAAUCUGAAGACAACUGCACAGCUUUAGUGAAGACAGAAAACAGUCCACGCGUGGCUCAAGUGUCAAUAACAAAGUGUAGCUCUGACAUGAAUGGCUACUGUUUGCAUGGACAGUGCAUCUUCCUGGUGGACAUGAGUGAAAAAUACUGCAGGUGUGAGGUGGGUUAUGCUGGUGUCCGAUGUGAGCACUUCUUUCUAACGGUCCAACAACCCUUGAGCAAAGAAUACGUGGCUCUGACUGUGAUUCUUAUCCUCUUCGUUCUUCUCUUAGUCGCCGGCUCCAUCUACUACUUCUGGAGAUGGUACAGAAAUCGAGAAAGUAAAAAGUCAAGGAACGAGUAUGAAAGGGUGACCUCAGGGGAUCUGGCGUUGCCACAAGUCUGAGUGGCGCCACCAAGCUCAUGCGCCGGGAUGCACAGCAAGACUGUUGAUGUCAAUAUUCCUAUUUUAUUAAUAAUAUUUAUGUUGGGUCAUGUGUUAAGUCAACAAUGGUAUAUUUUUAAUAUAUUUGGAAACUUUUUUAUUUCUGUUUUAUUUUUGACAGACUAUUUGUAUAAUGUACACAAACUAAUAUAGAAAGAAAAUUGAUAUUUUUUUUCUUGAGCUAAGUGCUUUAUUGAAAGCUUCAAAGCUUAUUUGCCUGCUACAAAUAAGUUGCUCAGGAAGUGUCAGCAAAGGACAAAUUUCUCUAAGCCUAAAUAUAUGGUCAAAUCAAUUUAAUAAGUAUAUUUUUCUACUCCUCAAAACAAUGAUAAUUGGUUUGUUUAUACCAUAGUUUGAUGUAUAAGUUGACUCCACUGUGUCAUAUAUUGAAACAAUGAUAAAAUGGGAAUUGAGGAGAAGUGAAUACAGAUCAUGUGCUAAACACUACACAUUUGAAACAAACUAAACUGGGAGAGUUCUGCUCCCUCCAGGCCCAUCCUCAGCUCUAACUCUGUUUAUCUGCUUGGAGGGGAAGUGGACAAUUCCUUUUUCCAACCCACAACGCCUAUGGAUACUAGUCACCUGUCUAACAGAUUCUUCUUAAGGAAAACGAACCAAUUUAUAUCAUCCUUUAUGCAAAUAGUAGAUAUUUUUAUAGCUUCACAAAGUUCCUUUUUUGUACAGCAUUUAUGUGAGGCAACUCUUGCUUCUGAGACAUUUUUUUUAAAAAAAAUCCACACUUAGAGCUUCUUUUUAAAAGUAUUUAUUAUUGUAAGGACUUUGCUGAAUUCUAAGGUUAACUCAUAGUCCAAAAUUUGAUGGACUAAUCAUUAUUUUAAAGUACAAGACAAUAGUUAUAUAUAUUGUCUAAAGACAGAAAUAGUUGUUUUCUAUCCAAGAAAUUUUUAACUUAAGAAAUGAAGUAAGUAGCUUCUUGUAGAAUUUGAAAUUAUAUAUUUAAAUUAUAUCCUGAUGCAGAACAUGGAAAAAAUAAGAAAACAAGAAAAAAAUAAGCCAUAAUGUAUUUUUCCAAAUGAACACAUUUAUUUGAAAGUUUUUACAAUUUAGACUUAACCAUUCAUUCCUUCUGAUGAAGACGGAGAUGAAACCAGGGCCUUAUUUUCUGUCUUUUGUUUAUUUUUGGGAAGAGACUAUGGUUUCUCCUGUGCUCAGAGCCUAUGGUUUCAGUGAGUUAAUAAGGAUGCUUGGGGCAACUGCAUAAGGAGCCACAGCUGUUACCACCUGGGGAUCGCAUGGGAGACUCUCACUGAAUGCUAGACCUUCAGUCUCUCAGGAUCACGCACUUGAUCAGGGAGGGUCUAUUCUUUUCCACUUUUUGUCCUGACAUGUGCCAGGGCAACAAAGAUAAAAUAAGUGAUGGCUAACCUCUGAGGUGCCAGGUGCCAGGACUUGACUCCAUAUAUAUCCCUGCAUCAUAUAGCCUGGUGCAUUCACAUGAUGCUUAUCCAAAGUCCUGAAUCUGGUUCUUUACUAUUAGGGGAACAAACAAAUUAUAUAUGUAUGUAUUUGUGUAUGUGUGCAUAUUCACAUACAAACACACAUGUACAUGUGAGCUCAAUUAAUCAAAUUAUUAUAAAACAUAUAAAACUUAAAAAACAUUUUAAAUACUAUACAUACUUAUUGACACCUGUAAACAAAGUCUGCCUAUUUUAAGUGAUCUGGAUUGCUUCAGAGUAUUUAUUGACUAAUCAAGAAAUCAGCUUCAAUUUAUUAAUUUUACUGACAAAAAAGGGAGUCAUAUUAGUUUAUCUGAAGCAUCUCAACUCAUAUUGCAUCACUAAUUGUAAGUAGUUAGGUGUGCUUUUAAUCUUCAUUUGAGGAUGCUUAUAAAACUAGCCCCUGUAAAAGUUAAGUCUUUAUUUAGAAAUACAUGUUAAAUAAUCAAAGGUAGGACCCAGAUUGCUUUUCGUGGAUGAGAAAUAAGUAAAAAGUAAUUGCCUUAAUGAGGAUAAUGCUAGGCAAAAAUAAAAGUAAAAUUAUUACUAUCAGUUCAUGUUUCCUAUAAGCAAUGGAAAUAUUUUGGCUCACAUUUAGUCUGUCUUCCUUAUUUUACAGAUUUCUCACUAUAUUUCUAGAAGGGGCUAUUCAUAGCCAAGAUAUUGAGAACAAAUGUAAAUCCAAUGUAUAUAUGAUAAUUCAUGGCUUCCUUCCAAGGCCAAACAAUAACUCACUUAACAUACUCUGUAAUCAAGAACAUAAGUACUAUGAUUAGUACUAAAGGUUUUACCUCAAAAUUGAGAUAUACUGUAUAUGUAACAUAUUGAACAUUAAUAGUACAAUAGAACACUACUCUUCUAGACAUUUUUUUUUGCUCUCAUCUUUCUGCCAAAUGUCAAAGCAAUGGGAGAAAUGGUGCACUAGCAUGACUAGUCUAACUCAGAUUUUUAUUUUUGUGUCUUUGGGAAGAAAGCUAAAAUCAAUUUCUGACAGAUAAUAUAUCUUCAUGCAACAAGUGCAUAAUACUAUAGUUUCUAAUUUCUAUUGAUUUCAAUAAUGCAGUUUGUAAAAGCUAAUGUCUGAUCCACUUUGUCAUUUUUGCUGCAAUAUCCAUUCUGUACACUUGGAAAAAAUGCACUUAUUUUACUUCUUAAUAUUUUCAGUUUUUUUUCUACUAUUAUUUACAUGAGAGAAAGGGAGUAACAGCUUAUAUAAACAGUGUUCUGGAGUACUUUGUAAUAUUUUAAUUUGAGAAAAAUUUUACCUAAAACAUAGCUGUUAUUCAAAUUGGUAUGAUGUUAAAAAUAUUUCUCUCUCUCUUUUUUUUAUUUUGUACUCUGUAAUUGCACUUUUUAAAGUUAAAGAGCCAUUUUGGUAUACAGUUUAUAUUAAAGAUGCUAUGGAACAUUAAGUUGUAUUGUCUGCGGAUUAAAGUAACUUAUUUGAUAAUGAACUUUAUCAGAGUACUGAAUUGUAUCAAUUUGUUUGUGUUCAAUAUCAGCUUUGAUAAUUGUGUACCUUAAGAUAUUGAAGGAUAAUAUAGAUACUUUACAAGAUAUUGUUAAUGUUUAUUUAUUUUUGUUGAGAAAUGGAAAAAAUUUUUGAAAAAUAAAGCCAUGCAUAAAAGCUUUA